AUUGAUUUAUUAUCGAUUAGCAAGUCAGAAAUCCCAGAAUUCUUUGUGUGUAUGAAAACCUCCUGGCAACGCCAGUAAAACACAGUCAAGCAAGAAAUAAAGAUGUCUGAAGUAGAAGAAACUCUAAAGAGAAUUCAGUCCCACAAGGGUGUUAUUGGGAUAAUCAUYGUCAACCAAGAAGGUAUUCCUAUUCGUACGACCCUUGAUAACUCGACUACAGUGCAGUAUGCUGGUUUGAUUCAUCAACUAACAGCCAAAGCACGAAGUACUGUUCGAGAUAUCGACCCUCAGAAUGAUCUUACAUUCCUGAGGAUUCGUUCUAAAAAACACGAAAUCAUGGURGCACCUGACAAAGAGUACUUCCUGAUUGUAAUCCAAAACCCCAAUGUCCAGUAACCACUUUUCCAAUAAAUUGUAAAAUAUUUGUAUGUAAUCGUUUGAUUCUGGAAAAAUAAUUAUGUUGUAUAUAUACUAUGAUAUUAUAGCAUAUCUGAUGGUUUAUAUGGUUGGACAUUACUUGUUUACUCCGUUUACACUUUCCUUUAGUCUAAAGURUUUGACCCUUUUGGGUAGAUGUAGCAUGAACACUGAUUUAGUCUGUAAAACAAAAUAUGAUUGCCUUACCUUCCAUAGGAUUUUUGGCGUACUAACAAAGGGGCUCUUGUACUGUAGUUCAUAAUUGCAGAAAAUAAACAAAAUAUUGAUGUGCAUGUCAA